AUGGGUGAUUGGGGAAAACUUGGGGUCCACGUAAAGGGUCCACUUGGCAGUGCUAUUGAGAUUGGACUUGCUUUGAUGACUAUUUUGAUUGGAUUUCACGUGAGCCUCGAUCUUUGGGCGACUUCAGAUUGUCGAUCUCGCCUACUUGAGCAUUAUCGUAAUUAUAGGUGUGGGGUCCCCAUGGAAGAGCAUGCUUCUGAUGAGGAGGCUCAAGAAGAAGACCUUCACUUGGCCCUGGUUGCAAAGUUAUAUCCCGACUUGGACUUUGAUUUGUUUGUACCUAUCUUUCCCGACCCCGAAGAAAAGAAGGAGGCUGUCAAAGCCCCUGCUAAAGGGAAUUCUGAGUCUCCUGUUAGGGGCAAUCCUAAGACUCCUGCUAAUUCCACCGAGCACACAUCAGAGCACUAA